AUGUGCGCACAGGAUACUGAUCAAGAAGUGGAUCAACAUCCAAUAGUAACGCAGAUGCAAAAUGGAAAAUUAACUGUUGAAAUAGCUCCGCGAGUUAAUAGAGAUCGACCUUUAUUUACAUGUGGUAAAUGGGAAAGACAACAUAGCUUAUUCAAAGAUGAUUUUCCGACGCAAGAGUUAGAAAGGGCUGAACAAGAGGUUGACACCAGUAUUAAAAAUAUAUAUGAAUCCGAAGAAAGUUCAAGGUUGGCGUUCGUUUAUCAAUCAGAAAUCGAGAACCUUAAUUCAUAUCGGGGUGGUAUCCUAAUCGCCGUAAAGUCCGUGUCAGGGAUGACACCAAACAUUCCUGAACCCAUUGAGGACGGACAACCAAAUCAACCUCGUUAUCAGGUUCAAAUACAACAUCAAAAUAAUCAACCCGUUCAGAUAUGCAGGUUAUCCGACAACCCUUUAAAUCAUCAUUUCCCCAUGACAGAUAAUCACUUUCAGUUUGGUAAUAUUCCCGCUCGUGUAUUCCCACAGCCAAGUCCACCCUUAAACGUUCAUGAUGGGGGUCAUUUACGUUUUAUAGCUCUUCCUCCACCGUUUCCGUCGACGCCAACUCCUCCCGAUGAGGAUUAUGAAAUUCUUGAUAGUAAUGACAUUCGAAGUAAUCGUCAUCAUGAAAUUGGGAGCAGUGAUGAUAUGAAUGAAGAUUUUGAUCCACUCGGUACACCUGUUAACGCGAGAGACAUAUUUGAUGUGAUGAGACACAGUGGUCGUGAAGGAUUCGUUGAUAUUUUUGGACGAGAACCAAAUCAGAGAAGUAGAGAAGGUGGCCAUAGACCUUGA